CCGAAAAUAGGGAAUCUUGCUUGUGUUGAUCGAUAGGUUUUCGGUAUUCUGGCGAUAUUUUUACGCAUUUUUUGUAAAGAAAUUGUACUAACACUACUUAAUUAAUUUAGUUUGAUAAUAAUUACAUGGCUAUAAGUCGGAAGUAAAUUUCCUUUUGCUAUAUUAGUUGGUGAAAUCCCGUUACACAUAUUUUGUUUCUGCCACGUUUUGUGGAAAUAGUUUUUUAGUUUUAGUGUGAAAAUGUUUCUUUUUGUUUAAUAACCCCAGUUUAUAUCAGAAACCACAAUGUCGAGCAUGUCAGAUCGCAAGGCGGAGCUGGAGCGCAAAAAGGCUAAGCUCCAGGCUCUCCGUGAGGAAAAGGAUCGCCGCCGCAGGGAGAAGGAACAGAAAGAUGCUGAAGAAGCUUUGCAGCGUGCCUCCACCACCUCCAGCCUGGACAGUCGGCGCGAUCUGGAUGAGAUGCUGUCUUCCCUUGGAGUAGCUCCUGUAAAGGAUGUGCUCUCAUCCUUGUCUUCCAUGACAUCACUGACACCGCCACAGACUGCAUCACCAGAUGCUAGUCUGCCACAUACUGAUAAGUCCAGUUUGCCUGCUCAUGGUGGGCCGAAGAAAGCUCCUACCUUGCAAGUGGUGUCGGUCCAGUCCACAGACAUUCCACCAAAGGAGAAUGUGACAUAUGCCAAGCAGACGCAGACCACUGCAUCAGGUGUCAGCGAACUGCGCGAUGGAUACAUGGAGGACUGGUGGCGGCCGCGCAAAGCACACGCAACCGACUACUACGAUGAGUACAAUCUAAACCCGGGUUUAGAGUGGGAGGACGAAUUCACAGUGCUUACAUUCGACGGCGACGGCGCUCGGCAAGGCGAUGAGGAGGAAGCGGCGUUCCAUGGCAAGCUCCCGCCCGGCAUACUGCCGCACGGCCUGCCCACCGUCAAGGAAGUCCAGCCCGCCGUCACUGUCGAGCCACAGGAGAAGAAGGAUGAGGAGAAAGAGAAGAAAGUUCGGGAGCUGAGCGCAGAUGAGAAGCAGACGAUCAUGCUGUCGGCGGAGUUCCAGCGGUUCAUGUCGAAGGCCGGCCGAGUCAUCGAGCGCGCCCUGGCGGAGUCCGUCGACAUCUACACAGACUACACCGGCGGCGGUGAUAGCGAGAAUGCUCUCGACGACAAGUCGGUGGCGCGGCUGUCCCUGGUCCGCACGUUCUGGGACGAGCGCUGGUCGCGCGGGCGCUGCGUGACGUGCGCCGACUGGUCGGCCGCGCACCCCGAGCUCCUGCUGGCCUCCUACCACAACUCCGACGACGCGCCGCACGACCCUGACGGGGUCUGCCUCGUCUGGAACACCAAGUUCAAGAAGUCUACCCCUGAAGAUAUCUUCCACUGCCAGUCGCCAGUCAUGAGCGCUACAUUUGCUAGGUUCCACCCGAACUUGAUCCUGGGCGGCACGUACUCUGGCCAGAUAGUUCUGUGGGACAACCGCGUACAGAAGCGUACACCCAUACAACGCACGCCGCUGUCUUCACUCGCACACACUCACCCAGUAUACUGUCUAUCAGUAGUAGGCAGUCAGAACGCCCACAACCUGAUCUCAGUGUCGACGGACGGCCGCAUGUGCUCGUGGUCCCUGGACAUGUUGUCCCAGCCCCAGGAGACGCUCGACCUGCAACACCGACAGAGCAAGGCCGUCGCUGUCACUUCCAUGGGAUUCCCACAUGGUGAUGUGAACAACUUUGUGCUGGGUAGCGAGGAUGGAAACAUUUAUACUGGAUGCCUAUACGGUCAGCGUGCGGGAGUGACAGAGAUGGUAGAGGGUCACGCCGGCCCCAUCACGGGCGUGUCGUGUCACGCCGCGGCCGGCUCCGUCGACCUCUCACAUCUAUACCUCACGUGCUCUAUGGACUGGAGCGUCAAACUAUGGACCCAGAAGGAGAACAAGGCGCUGUACUCGUUCGAGGACAGCGGUGACUACGUGGUGGACGUGCGCUGGUCGCCCACUCACCCCGCGCUAUUCGCGGCAGCUGAUGCUUCCGGACGCAUCGACCUCUGGAACCUAAAUAGGGAUACAGAGGUGCCAGUAGCAUCGAUCCAGGCCGAAGGCGGAGUAGCAUUCAACCGCGUGUCAUGGACUCCGUCAGGUACUCACAUCACCGCGGGAGACGACGCCGGCAAGAUAUGGGUCUAUGAAGUCGCUGAGCACGUCGCCCAACCUCGUCACGAUGAAUGGACGAAGUUCGUAUACACCCUACAAGAGUUACGUAAUAACCAAGCCGACGAGGAGACAGACCGACUGAGUCUGGCAGCCAGUGGCCCGUCGUCGCUGACCAGCCUCACCAGCAUGGCCAGCAACCCACUGAGGUAACUGCUGACCAACCAACGAAGGCCACAGUUGCCCUUGUGAGUCUAUACUUUGGAUAUGCUAGUGUGAUGUUGAAGAGAAAGACUGUUGAAAAGAAGUGAGGUGCGUAUGUGUAUAAUAUAAUAUAUUAUAGAUAUGUCUACAUAAACUACGCAAAGAAGAGUGAUGAAUCCAUUACUACCAGUCUAAGAAUAUUGUCUUCAAAUUGGUAGUAACUGGAAACUUGUAUGUGUCUUAAUGGUGUAGGAAUAUGGUUGAAUUUUGUAUGGCUUAUACAAUAACUGUGUAAGGAGUUAAACUAUGAUUUAACAGGAUGGAUAGAAUCAAUAUUACAUUAACAUAUUCAAAGUUUGUUCAGAACUGAGAUGUCAAGUUGCAGGAGAUGCAUAUGCAAGAUAAAUGUUUAGUUGCAAUAUACAAAUAUAUUUUAUGUCUAAUAUAUUAUGCACUUAUUGCAAUGUUAUAUAAAUGUUAGACAUUGUUGAUACUUAGAACUUUGCUUAAAUUAUUAAUGUAAGAUAAAUAUAUGGAGACAAAGAAUAUUUUUUCAAUAACGUGCUAACUGGCAGUAACACGCAAAUAUCGCUGUUUUGAAAAUAGUAAGCAAAGUCAUUGCACAACGCAAGUUGCUUUGUUAGAAGAGCGAAAAUAUUAAAAACAUUAAAAUAUUGAAUGUUGUAACUAAACAUAACUAUAAUUAUCUCAACUACAUCUCUCUCUUUAUAGAUAGAAAGGACACUUAAAUAUAAUUUUAAUGUUGAAUGAUAUGUAUAUUAGAGAUGAUAAGCAGCUGAUAAUAUACUUAUUUAUUAGUACCUAUUGUUACAAUGACACAAAAUAAACAUGAAAUUAGUGAUUAUUUUAAAUUGCAUUUUAGUCAAGUAAGUUACUGAACAAAAAUGUGAUGUACUUACUAUUCUAAUAAUAAUUAUUAUCUACUAAAACAGACAAGAACCGUUUUAUUUUGUGACAUAGUAACUCUAAAUUUGUAGGAAUAAAUCCCCAGUUUUAUGCUAAAGACAAUGUUAAUGUAACAGUUAAAUGCUAAGUUAGUUGUUUUGUGUUAUGCAAAACUUAGUUGUCUACAUAAUUAUAUUCAUAUCGCUAAUAUUUAUUAAGUACAGGUACCUAUUCAUAGUAUUACUCAAACUAAACAGAUAUUGCUUUAUUGUAAAAGUUAAAUCAAAUAAAAUAUUGCUUAUUGAAAAUUA